AUGACUGGAGGCAAAUCCGGAGGAAAGGCCAGCGGCUCAAAGAACGCGCAAUCACGUUCGUCCAAGGCUGGUCUGGCAUUCCCAGUUGGUCGUGUCCACCGUCUUCUCCGAAAGGGUAACUACGCUCAACGUGUUGGUGCUGGUGCCCCCGUCUACCUCGCCGCUGUCCUCGAAUACCUUGCGGCUGAAAUCCUUGAGUUGGCCGGUAACGCUGCCCGCGAUAACAAGAAGACUCGUAUCAUCCCUCGCCAUCUCCAACUCGCCAUCCGCAACGACGAGGAAUUGAACAAGCUUCUCGGACACGUCACGAUCGCACAAGGUGGUGUCUUGCCAAACAUUCACCAGAACCUCCUGCCAAAGAAGACUGCCAAGGGUGGAAAGACUGCCAGCCAAGAGCUAUAA